GCAGCACUAGCCCGUGGUUAUCUUGACUCAUCUUCAGUUUCGUCUGCCAAAUUCAGUAAGUACCAAACUUGUCAGACUGAAAAGUAACUAAUCCUCGGUGAAAUCACAGCUACGGUGAUGGGCCUUGGAGAAUCCAGUAAGGCCACUAGGAUAUAUCGAACUGGCGAUAUCGGCAAACUUGUGUCAUCUCCUAGGGGACCUAUGCUCGAGUACGUGGGCCGUAAUGACAACCAGGUAAAGAUUCGUGGCCAACGCCUAGAACCGGGGGAGAUCGAAGCUGUCCUGUGCAGUAGAGGUCACGGCAUAGGCCAAGCUGCUGUCGUGGUGACAGAAAACGAUAGGAUGCUUGCCUUUGUGGUCAAAAAAGACGCCGAAGAUGAAAAGGUUCGAGACGAUGCGGUAAAAUUCACAGUAAAUCAGAAUGCAUGGGACGCUUUCCAGGCCCAAUACGACUGGGAGAGUAUUGAUUCUACGAUGACUGGGAGGGAUUUCACUGGUUGGGUGUGUCCUUUCCUCGAUAUUUCGUGGUCGUAUGCUUACAUCUCCAAAGGUGAGUAUGUACGAUGGCGUGCCAAUAUCUCGAUCAGCCAUGGAAGAAUGGCUUACCGACACUCUGGAUAGUAUCCCCUUGGAACCUAACGACUCCGCCC